UCGUACGAAAACGAAAGGAUUAUAAAGUUGUUAUCUGCGGUUUGGAUUUCCCAAACGGAUCAAAACGUUGCUAACGUUUAAUGUUAGCUGGAAGUUUCCGAGUCGAGCAGUGAUGUGGUAACGCGACUCCACCGGAUCGACGGGAAGCUAACGUUAGCUGAUGCUAACUUGGUAGAUUAAUCAUUUCAGCAGAGCUCUGGAGACCUAACGUUGUUUUAGGAUUUUAAAAACUCGUUUUAGUAGUUUUCGAUAAUGUAAUAUAUAUAGCUAUGAUAUAUUGUAUAAUGUUAUCUACUUUUGUAUGGAAUAGAGCGUAUCCCCAGACAACUGCCUGGCGUAUUUAGCUAAGUUAGUAUACGAAACUAGCAAGCGUUAGCCUCCUAGCUGGCUAGUAGCUAACGUAGGCUAGCCGUCGACUUUAAACUGACUUCAAGCCAAAGAAUUCUGUUUCAAAUUAGCUAACGCUAGCAAGGCUACAACUGUUUCCACGUCACCUAACUGUAUCAUCACAUGUCUACCUGUUGUGAAAUGUUUUUUAUCAGCGCGAUGAACUUUAUUUUCGAGGAUGGGCGAUUGUUUUGACAGACAAAGAUAAGACACUUUACUUCCAAAUCUAGAUAUGCAAUCAUCGAAUCACCAGCUUUCUUAAUGCUAGCCUGCUAACGUUGACUUAGCCGGCCAAAGUUGGAAUACUGCCCCCUGCUCACUUGAUGUGGGUUUCCUUUUGAGGCCUUGAGGAAAUUAUCCCCUUUUUCACCGAGAAGACCCUUUUCACAGCCUUAAUACAUCCCAGCCCUGCAUGGAAUUUCUGUGUUAAAUGACUCUGGAUAUUUGUGAAGAUUGACGAGGUUGUAACAUACAGUUGGAGUACCUGGACUUUGUUGACGUUUACUUGGCAUCAUAAAAUAACGUGGAUUAUAAAGGCAUUUGGAAUAACGACAUUCUUCAAAGAUGAUGUGCGAAGUGAUGCCCACCAUCAGUGAGGCUGAAGGGCCUGGUGGGGGAGGCGGCAGUGGUCGUCGGGGCUCUGGCUCCCCUCUGCAGUCGGACUCAGAGGGUCACUUUGAGUCGCUGAUGGUGUCCAUGCUGGAGGAGAGGGAUCGUCUUCUUGAAACUCUGAGAGAGACUCAGGAGAAUCUGGGCUUGACUCAGGGCAAAUUGCACGAAGUUAGCCAUGAAAGGGACUCACUGCAGCGACAACUUAACACUGCUUUGCCACAGGAGUUUGCUGCACUAACAAAGGAGGUGAACGUGUGCCGGGAGCAGCUUCUGGAGAAGGAGGAGGAGAUUGCAGAGCUAAAGGCUGAGAGAAACAACACACGGCUUCUUUUGGAGCACUUGGAGUGCUUGGUGUCUCGCCAUGAGCGUAGUCUGAGGAUGACGGUGGUGAAGAGACAGGCACAGUCUCCAGCAGGAGUCUCGAGUGAGGUGGAGGUCCUCAAAGCCCUUAAGUCACUUUUCGAACACCACAAAGCCCUCGAUGAGAAGGUAAGAGAGCGACUACGUGUUGCCUUGGAAAGAUGCAGCGCAUUGGAGGAACAGCUCACCCUCUCGCACAAAGAAUUGGCUUACCUCAGGGAGCAGAGCAGCCAGAAAAGAGGGCUGGCAGAUGGAACCAGCGAGGUCAACCACAACUCUGAAAACACACCAAGCACUAAUGGCAAGCGGUCAUCGGAUGGCUCACUGAGUCAAGAGGAAGAUUUGGGGCAUGGGUUUGGGAAGGUCAAUGAGCUCCAGGAUGUGGUAGACCGUCAGACGGCCGAUCUGGGCCAGAUGAAGGAGCGCAUGGCUGCUAUGGUUUCACGCAUUAACGAGCUGGAGGAGGACCUGGACACAGCCCGAAAGGACCUCAUCAAGUCCGAAGACAUGAACACACGGCUACAGAGAGACCUGAGAGAGUCAAUGGCUCAGAAGGAAGACAUGGAGGAGAGGAUCACCACCCUGGAGAAGCGCUAUCUGGCAGCUCAGCGAGAGGCUACCUCCGUCCACGACCUCAACGACAAACUAGAGAAUGAAGUGGCCAACAAGGAGUCCCUGUUCAGACAGACUGAAGAAAGAAAUCGGCAACUCCAAGAGAAGCUGGAGCUGGCUGAGCAGAAGCUGCAGCAGACCAUCCGCAAGGCAGAGACUCUGCCCGAGGUGGAGGCAGAGCUAGCUCAGAGGGUAGCUGCCCUCACGAAGGCCGAGGAACGCCAUGGCAAUGUGGAGGAGAGGCUGCGGCAGCUAGAGGCCCAGCUGGAGGAGAAGAACCAGGAACUGCUCAGGGCACGGCAGCGAGAAAAGAUGAACGAGGAGCACAACAAGCGUCUGUCUGAGACAGUCGACAAGCUCCUUUCAGAAUCCAAUGAGAGACUCCAGCUCCACCUCAAAGAGAGGAUGUCUGCUCUGGAGGAUAAGAAUGCCCUGAUAAGAGAACUGGAGCACACCAAGAAGUUGAUUGAGGAGUCCCACCAUGAGAAGGAGCAGCUCCUGAUCCAGAUUGAGACCAUGAGGGCAGAGAACGAGCAGGGUAGGAGUAGGAGCAACUCCUUACUACAUGGACGGUCUCAACUGGGCAGCACUCCAGACUUCAGAUAUCCAGUAUCGGCAUCCUCAAUGAUGGACAGUAACUCGGACCAUUAUGGCAGUGCUCUUGUGCUGAGACGGCCUCAAAAGGGACGGAUGGCAGCGCUCAGGGAUGAGCCAUCCAAGGUGCAGACUUUGAAUGAGCAGGAGUGGGAGCGCAUGCAGCAGGCCAACGUGCUGGCAAAUGUGGCCCAGGCCUUUGAGAGUGACAUGGAUGCUUCAGACCUGGAGGAGGAUCGGGAGACGAUAUUCAGCUCAGUGGACCUGCUGUCCCCUGGUGGCCAGGCUGACGCACAGACCCUUGCCUUAAUGCUGCAGGAGCAGCUGGAUGCUAUCAACAAUGAAAUUAGAAUGAUUCAGGAGGAGAAGGAGAGCACAGCCAUCCGGGCAGAGGAGAUUGAGUGCAGGGUCGGCAGCGGCGAUAGCCUGGGAGGACGUUUCCGCUCCAUGAGCUCCAUCCCCCCGUCACUUUGUGCGGGCUCCUCUUUGGGUGGAUCUCCACCAGGCUCUGGCCAAUCCACCCCAAGACGCAUUCCCCGCAGCCCCAACAGAGAACUGGACCGCAUGGGUGUCAUGACCCUGUCUGCUCAGGAUGACAAGGCCACUAUCCGAUGUGAGACGUCACCCCCCACUACUCCUCGCUCCAUGCGCCUAAACAGGGAGGCAGGGCAUGCUGCCAGCCAUGAGGACAUCAGAGACAUUCGAGGUCUGGCUGGCCUGCAGGACGGCCAGGGUAGUAACCCCAGCAGUAGUAACAGCAGCCAGGACUCUCUCAACAAAGCAGCCAAGAAGAAGAGUAUCAAGUCUUCCAUUGGUCGCUUGUUUGGGAAGAAGGAGAAGGGCCGACCCAGCAUUCCUGGCAAAGACUCCCCCAGCCAAGCUGGCACUCCCGAGGCAGAGAGCUCUCCUAAGGAUGGCUUAGGAAUGGGCACCCUGGGUGGCCCUGCAGAAAAGAACAGGAAGCUACAGAAGAAGCAUGAAUUACUGGAGGAGGCUCGCAGGCAGGGCCUGCCAUUCGCCCAGUGGGAUGGACCAACUGUUGUGGUUUGGCUGGAGCUGUGGGUGGGCAUGCCAGCCUGGUAUGUGGCUGCAUGCCGUGCCAAUGUGAAGAGCGGAGCCAUUAUGUCAGCGCUAUCUGACACAGAGAUCCAAAGGGAGAUUGGCAUCAGUAACCCGUUACAUCGUCUGAAGCUUCGGCUGGCCAUCCAGGAAAUCAUGUCUCUCACCAGCCCCUCUGCCCCACCAACCUCAAGAACGACCACAGGAAACGUUUGGGUCACACAUGAAGAAAUGGAAAGUUUGGCAGCCACACCUCCCACGGAGGAUGACGAGGGUAGCUGGGCCCAGACAUUGGCGUAUGGAGACAUGAACCACGAGUGGAUUGGUAAUGAGUGGCUGCCCAGCCUGGGUUUGCCACAGUACCGCUCCUACUUCAUGGAGUCCCUGGUGGAUGCCCGCAUGCUUGACCACCUUACCAAGAAGGACCUUAGGGGACAGCUGAAAAUGGUGGAUAGCUUCCACAGGAACAGUUUUCAGUGUGGAGUAAUGUGUCUGAGGAGGCUCAACUAUGACAGGAAGGAGCUGGAGAGGAGACGGGAAGAGUCCCAGCUGGAGCUUAAAGAUGUGCUGGUGUGGAGUAAUGAGCGUGUCAUCAGCUGGGUUCAGGCCAUCGGACUGAAAGAGUACAGUGGCAACCUGUAUGAGGGUGGAGUCCAUGGAGCGCUGCUCGCCCUGGAUGAAACCUUCGACCACAAUGCCCUGGCCCUGCUGCUGCAGAUCCCUACGCAGAACACUCAGGCCAGAGCAACCCUUGAGCAUGAAUACAACAGUCUGCUGGCCAUUGGCACAGACAGGAGAAUGGAAGAGGAUGACGAUAAGAACUUCCGCCGAGCUCCCUCAUGGAGAAAGAAGUUCCGGCCAAAAGACAUGAGGGGGAUGUCCUUGGGCGCAUCAGACACCCUGCCUGCCAACUUCCGAGUGACCAGCAGCAGCGCGGCAUCUCCCUCCACGCAGCCAAAGAGGAGCCCGAUGGAUGGAAGUCAGUCUAUACAGAGGCUGGACACUGCCACAGUCAGGACCUACUCUUGUUAACAUACAACGUUUAUCCUCAUUAUUUCUAUAGGUAACCGCUGGUCAGAGGAUGAAGGGGAAUUCCCUGCAUUCAAGACCAGGAUGAUGAACUGAAAUGACUUGCAAGGACACUAAAAAGAUGUUUUGUGUUUUUUUGUUGUCAUCACAGAGAAAGACCUUACUCACCAAUCUCAGUAUCCCUAGUGGAAACUUUUUGGAUUUAUCUACAUUUGUUAUUAUAUUUAUGUAAACCAGUGGGACAUUUAAUUGAUAUUAGAAUUACUAUGUAAACCUUUUUUGCCUCUAUCCCCUUAAUCAACCCACUUUUUUAAAAAAAAGAAACAUUUCUCCACUGUGCCCGUAUUAAGCUCAGCUCUCAGAUGUAUGUAACUGAAUGUUUCAAUUUGUCUGGAGUUUGUAUAUUUCUACCAACAGACAUUUUAUCUAAUCUUUUUAUAAUCCUGAUUCUAUUGACCAGAUGUAUGUUUUUUUUCCUCUCUUUGAUUUGAAUUCUAAUCAUUGAAUUUAUGCUUAAGUGACUUUGAUAUGUGAUAUAACUUAAUUGAUAUCCUUUGCCCUUUUUAACUGUUGUAAUUUUUGUAGCUUAUUACCUGUGAUUUUGUGUAAAUACAGCUCUUAGGUCAACGGUCGUGUGAAUAUCAGACAAAUUGCUGGAGCUAUCAGACUGUUUCACAAACUGCUCAACACUGUGAGUCAUCCAUCACCAUUAAAAUAACUGCUGGCAAGCCAGGUGAUGGUGACAACAGAAACCAUGUGAAACACAGUAUAUUUUCCUUUUCUAAUCUUUAUUUUCCAUAUCUGCAAAACCAAAAUGAAACUCUUGAAUUUAAGAAUUAAAGCCAUAUAACAGUAGCGAGAAAAAACAAACAAACAAAAGAAACCGAGGGCUUCUUUCAGAUGCAAUGAAACAGAAUUUUAGGUGCUCUCUAGUUGACCUUGCAUGUGGAAACUUCUCCACUUAUCCCCACCCUACUACACCCAGCUCCUCCCUUUAACAAAACUCAAUCUCCCUCACUUUUGGAGUAACACACAGACAGGCUCACUUGUACUGGAGGACUUGAAAUGUAUGGAUGAGUCGACUGUGUGGCAACUCCUUCGAUGGACCAACUUCACCGAGGCCUCAGUCGAUCCCCGCUGUGACUAGAUUACCCUCAAGGCGGUGCGAUCCACCUAUAAACCUUUUUUUAAAAACACUUUGUAUGAAGAUUUCAUAUCAAGCCUUAUUGUUUCUUAACUCCUCUCUGUCAUCUGUUCGUAUUUAUUAUUAUUCAACCUACAUGGGGUUUGGUCAGUUCAGAGCUGAGGCCCCAGUUUGCUCCUGUGUGAAUGUAGCAGUGCUCCUCAUGUCUAGGUUUUUCAUGUCUACGCUCUCAACACAGGUUCCACCAUUAGUUUUCAUGGCGAAUGAGAAGGAACCUAAGAGUUUUCUUUCACCCUACAUGUAGUUAAAGCUUAAAGUAGAAUUUUUUUUUGUUUGUGAUUUAGUCAUUUAUGCACAAUGCAAAUCAUGUUGCUGUUGUUUUAUUCCUGAUCUUCCCAUUGAAUCUUAUCUUGUAACAAUGAUGUACAGUCUGAGUACUUAUAAACUAUUUUUAUCACAAUAUUAUUUAUUGCUUACUUUCAAUAAAAUACUGAAACUUAUUUUCCACUGCAGAUAAAAAAGACUAAAACUUGUCUU